AUGGUGUACUUAAGUGUAUCUUUGUUACUCUUUUUCUUUGCGACGGAUCUGCUCACACCCUGUGACGUUCAUGAUACCAAUUGCUUAAGUAAAACAACACAAGAAUUUUUGGAGAAAACGAGUGCGGGGAUACCAAAUUAUGACAUCAAGCGGUUGGAUCCACUCGUCAUACCAAAAUUGGAAAUAAAAUUCUCUGAAAAAUCAGACACAGUACUACAUUUUAAGGAUCUAACGGUUACAGGAUUGAAGGGUCAACAAUUUUCUGGAUUUAAAAUGGAUACAACAGCCAAAACAGUAGAGUUGCAGACGAAAGCUGAUUUGGAAAUUGUUGGAGACAUAACAUUAGAAAUGAGAAAAAAGUCCUACACUGGUUCAUAUGCAGCUAAAGGAACUGCGCUGGGAACAGCGAAAUAUGACUAUGCUUUCAAAACUGAUGACAAAGGAGUAGAACAUUACGAAAUUGGAACGGAAACUAAUGAAUGUCAAACUUUGAUUGAACCACAAGUUACUUAUGGUCAAGAACUAAUCCAGGCAUUAGAAAAAGCCACCAGCACUCCCUUGCCCUUUCCAGCGUGUCGAGCAGACAACAUAGAAUGUCUUCGUCGGGGUCUAAGAACAUUUUUCUUCUUAAUGGACUCCGAAUAUCUAGGGAUGAACACUGUGGACCCUAUUAUCUUAAACAGCCUUACAGUAGCGCUACCUGAAGAGCAACUAUCAUUUUUAAUGAGACGUAUCAAUGUUACCGGAGCCAGGUGGACUAAACUCCUUGAAAGGAAAUUCAAUCUGCCCGGGGGAAAGAACGGCGUGAGAUUUCUGAGCGAUCUUCACGUUACUGGAGAAAUAACGAUGACAACAGCAGCAAGACUAGAGCCUUUCUUGGCUCUCAUUACAAUGGAUAUUCAGGGUGUGGAAAGCAAUGUAACCUAUUCAUGGGCUGGAGAAAGAGGAGUAGACAAUGAAGAUUACAUAUUAAUUGGACCUGAGAGAAUUGCUGUGAGAAACUCAAGAACACCAACAUUCUUUUUACAAACUGGUGACAAAGAAAGUGUCAGCAUGAUGGAAAGAGUACUACAAGUUAAAACAUCUGUUUUAGACCAUAUAGCCAAUGAAAUAACUAUAUCUUUAAUGCAUUCAAUAAUGGAUAACUUCAGAAUAUUUGCCAAUAAAGUGCCAGCUAAACAUUAUUAUACUUAUGGUAGUGUUGAAGAUAAUUAA